GAGGUCUGACAUAAUGUUAUCUCCAAUCUAGGCUGCAGACAGGUAUGCGAGGUGCCUUUGGGAAGCCCCAGGGCACAGUAGCCAGGGUCCACAUUGGCCAAGUCAUCAUGUCCAUCCGUACCAAGCUGCAGAACAAGGAGCAUGUGAUUGAGGCCCUACGCAGGGCCAAGUUCAAGUUCCCUGGCCGCCAGAAGAUCCACAUCUCCAAGAAGUGGGGCUUUACUAAGUUUAAUGCGGACGAAUUUGAAGAUAUGGUGGCCGAAAAGCGGCUCAUCCCAGAUGGCUGUGGGGUCAAAUACAUCCCUAAUCGUGGCCCCUUGGACAAAUGGAGGGCUCUCCACUCAUGAGAACCUUGCACCACCCGAACCCUAUUCAUGCCCACCAAUAAAUCCUGCUUCCUGUCAAAAAAAAAAAAAAAAAAAAA